AUGCGCGACAAUGUGAAGACCGUAACUCUCAACGGCACAAUCGGCCUUCUCGGAGUGUUCGCUAUGCGAAUGGCGGGGAAGCUGCUCGUAGUUGAAGAGCUUAUCGUUCAAGACCGGUCUGCACGCUAUAUUGAAUGGGUCCCCGCGCUGUUGCACAAUCAAGUUUUCCUCCACAUAAGUGCCACGUUUGGCUCGGUCACCAGCCUCAAACUCUUUUGUGUCACCUUUCCUUCUGCAAUGAUUUUUCAGCGGCUCAUCUACGCUCUACGCUCCCUUACCCACCUUGCGUGCGCCUGGGUGGGGUUCAAAGACGUACAGAAACGACCUGCCUUCCUACCUCCAGAGGGUGGACAUCUUUUAUCCCUCAGUCUCCGAUAUUGUUAUGACGUUGUCAAAUUCUUGGUGGAAUCACCCAUCAUUUCGACCGUCAAACAUGUCGAAUUGCUCGAUUAUCGCCACGCAGAGCUGAGUGGGUCUAUCCAGCGGCUUUUGGAAGCAGUCGGCGAAUCACUAAUGAGUAUCCACAUUCGCCCUGACCGAGAUGUGAUGCGUUCGAAGGAAUUCCCGUUGAACCUCAAGCGUUGCAGCAACAUACAAAUGCUAUUGCUCGACUUGGAUAGUGCACACCUAUCAAGGCAAUCUGACUGGCUAGUUUCUCUCUUUGCCGAAACAUUGCCUUCGAUGCUUCAGCAAAUAACUAUAACAUUUACUGAGACGGUUGCAUUUGAAACGCGCCAGUUCCGUGACGUUAUCAGCACCCUAUAUGAUGUUCUCAGCGGAGAUUUUGGAAAGCCAAUCGAUGAUGUCCUGUGUGGGCUUCGGUUUACUAAACUCCGUGUCAUUACCUUUCAAUUACGGAUUAUGUGCUACCGUGACUGGUCCCAGGGCUCGCAGUGGUGGCUCAGGCAGGUACCGGAAGAGAAAGGGUGGCAACAGCACAUUGUAUCACGAUUUCCUAAGUUGCACGCACAAGGGAUUGUUCGAACUCCAGUAAGCAUAGAACUUCCAUAG